CCGCUGUCCGACGUGGGGAUCGCGCUUCUGACGCUAGACGCGGUCGCGCAGGAAGUCCUGCCCAGUAUCGAGAAGGCGAAGCCCGCGCCCGCGAACCAGACGAAACCGCCGAAGGAAAAAUAUUACGACAAAAAUCAUUUUCACUUCAACCACACGACGCAACAGCUGCACAUGAAGAGGGUAGGUAUAAAACCGAAUCGAAAACCUUAUACGAACAACACGAAAGCGGCCAUCGCGGGGCUGUUUCAAACCCAAAUAGCGUAUGCCACGCGGGACAAAGCGGUGACGUGGCGGACGAAAUUGUGGAGGAAGCAAAGGUGUUACUACAAAAUUCUUUUCCCGCAGUCGGCUUAUCGGUUUAAAGUGUUGAAGCGGGACGAAAACGCGCCGCGGAUCCAGUUUAGAGAUAAGGUCGAGGAGUGGAAUAAGGGUUUACCUACCUCGAAAGCGCCGAAGAAGCCGGUUUUGUCGUUAUGGGAAAACUUACAGUGGAACAAUCACUGGCUUUUAGCCGAGGAAAAAAGGUCUUUAACUGAUUUAUCAGACACGAACCAACAGCUGAGUUCGACGCUGAAGGAGGAAACGAUCAUUACCGAUCUAUCACUUCUAUUCGCUCGAAGACGGUGGCGCGCGCGCGUCGCGCAGCGUUUGAACGACGAUCAACAGAUGCUGAAUACCAUCCGCAUGUUCGGUUUCAAUGGGGAGCGGAUUUUUAUCAGCCAGAACGGAAUUCUCCACGGCGGCGCACUGCACCGCUCGUGUGGCAAAGCGAACGAACACGGGUUGAAAGCGUUUCUGUCCGACGCGCCGUUGACUUCAGAUCUGAAAGCGGAUGGGGGCUACACGUCGACUAGUUUGGUCUUGGCCCAGUCGGGGCUGCCACUGGACAUGACGAACCAGGUGAAUAGUCUGACCGCGCCACCCAGGCUUCAGUCCCAGCCGCUGCACUUGCCGUUUCUACACGGAGUGAACAACAGUGAAAACGCCCGGCUCGUCGUCAAGUACGAAGCCGCGACCAUGGAUAACAAGGGCGACUUCAAGUGGAACAGCACGCGCGAAACCGAGCUGUUGCAAGCGCGGGCGUUGUGGCCGAGCGGGAGAAGUAGCAGGGUAGAAAAUAGCGACGGAACAACACCUCCGAAAAGGAGUACUACGAAGAAGCACCCGAGACCUUCGCAUGUCUAUGCCAACGCGAUUCGGGAUAUUGCACAGCCGACUUCCCCGACGCGCACCGGUGUGUCCGGAACUACGGUCGACUCUACGUCUGCAUCUUCUUCCCGCGACGGCCGGAACACACACGACAAAAGUGAGCUGCCGGACCACUGGACCUCCAAGCAGAUCUGGACCUGGAACGGCGGGAGUCCGUUUGGCUCAUUGGUAAAGUUCCGCUCGAACUACCGGCCGCCGCAUGGGGACAGCAUCUGGCAGAAAUCGUUUGUGAGAUUACGAGACGCGUUGUACGUGCGGCACAGCAAUGGCAAGGACUUCGCGUUGCGAGACGUGCAGCAACUGGCCUACGAAUUCAGCUACCUGGACGAGCCGUCGCAACACCGGGUGCGCACGGCGGUCGUGUCAUCUUCUCUGGCCUCCCGGGUGGUCUUCGACGCGUUUGCGGUCUAUGUUCAGAGGUGGAACGAGAUCACGAAGGAAUCCUUCAUCAUGAAGCAGAAAGCGGCGGAAAAGCGGCGCGCAGCCACGACUACGUUUCACCAGGAAUGCUUAGAGGAGGGUCGGAAACUGGUCCAGGAAGGUAGAAGCGGACAGAAAGAAGAAGCACCAGGGCCAGGCGGGAGUGCAGGAGCAGCUUCGGAAAGUACCGAGAAAGUCGAGGUAAGCGUAAAGCCACCGCCUGAUGUUGAAAAUAGAAGUGCUGCUGCUAUAGCUGAACAGGGAGUUUCUGGUGAACAAGAAGAUCAAAACGUCGCUGCCGGUGCAGCAGCUCCAGGAAAAUCUGCAACAGCAACUUCUACACAAGACAUAGGAGCCGCAAAGAAGGAGCUGCAUCCUUCGUCAAGUGCAAGUCGAACAAUUACAACGCUCUCCGCCACCACAACUAAAAAGCCGCAAUCCACCCGAGAAAUUCUUCUAGCCACGAUUGAGUACUACGAGCAAAAGGCGGACUCGCUCCCCACGACCGGUAGCUCGACGCUGGAUUCAGAGAGGAAACAAAACAUGCUGAAAACGGAAUCGCUCUGCCGCAAACUGACGCAGAUCAAAAUGGAGAAGAUGAUGCGGUCGGCCGAGAACGUGCAGGCGUGGCAGAACCGGAAACGAGAAUUGGAAACGGGCCGACUCAGCUCCAUUUUGCGGGGUCUCGUGUAUUUCGAGAAAAUCACGGCCGGAAUGGACCGGAUGACCAAGCCGCUCAUCUGGCCCCAGCGCUUCCCGUUAGCCCAUGAUGGAUUCCCCGAGCUCGAACGGUCGCAGCAGGCGGUGUCUUUAUCGGGGGAUAGCCGGUUCGAGCUAGAAUCGAGUUACAUCCGCGUUUCCCCCGAUUUCGACCGGUUCAUCCCCACUUUUUUCAUGAAAAAAACCACGAUGGCGGACCACGCGCAGAGUAAGUUACUGGAAAGCACGACGCAUUGGAAGCCGGAGAUGGCCCGGUCGACGGUCUUCUUCCUGCAGGACCGGAGGGCGGAGCUCCCGAUCUUGUUUGCCAACCACACCGAUCAAUAUCGGGAAAAGAUUCUCGCAGCGUCUCUUUUGAAGAAGCCAAAUUGGAUCGUGGAAGAUGAAAGUUUUUGGCUCCAGGUGGAAAAGCAAAUGCAGGGACGGGGAAAGCCGUGGCGGUCGGAGGCACAGAAGCUGGCGAUGAAAAGGAACGCGGAGAGGUUAGCAAAAAAGAAGGCCAGAAGUCCUCCUGUUGAUGACGAUGACGACUUAUCAAAUGGAAUUAAUGCGGUGGCGAUCUGGAGGAAAAUCGCAACAUUUUUCAUGCUUGUCUGACAUGACUUUCAGUUUCAACUCUGUAUAUGCAUGAGCAUGAGCGCGCACCAACAGUAGUACAGAUCCUUUUGGUCUUGUCUGUCAUGCAAAAACGCAUUUCGUCGUGCAGAAUGCUCAGCACACGGCACCUAAAAAAGUUGUCUGCAGGACCACUCCUGCGUCUUGCUAAGUAAUAUUGCAGUGCGCCAAUUAUGUUCGCAAUCACAGACCAGCAUUACAAGUUUCCAGACCCAGCAGUAGACCACAUAUCUGCAUUUGAUACAAGGACUUUGAUGAUUGGGAUGUCGAGACCUAUACGCGGUUGCGGAUUCUGAAGGGAAAAGCGGAAUUAAUGCGGGUGGAAGCCAUGGUUGCGAGAAACCCGUUUGAUGCUCGAAAUGAUCACCUUGCUCUGGAUAGGCAAAAAAGAACCUCCCUGAGGACUCUUACCGAGCUGCAAGCACCCCUGACGGAAAACGAGCUGGACGGUUUGGGACGCUGCGGUAUACGCAUAGACGGCGAUAAGAAAGAACAGCCGAAAGAAGUAGAGCUCCAAGUAGAACCUCCCAGCAGUGUAAAUCUACAUUACAAAAACCAGACGAUGGUAGAAAAAAUGCAGCGGAAAAUUCUUUCCCGCAUGAUGCUUUUGCAAGCCGCGCUGAAGGACCGCGAGGCGUGGGGGUCCAUCGACCUACCAACGGUGGAAGAGUUGUCGCACUUUUCGAAAAUUCACAACGGCGUUGCGGGGCUCAGUAAAAUGUUUGGAACCACGGGGUACGCGGUGGGGAAGAGCGCGGAGUUGGUCGGGGAGCAGCUGUUGCUCCGGGUGGAAAAGGAGAGAAUCGAACGGGAACGGGUUCAGGAAUUAACCGCGAUUUUCCGGAAGAAUUACGCACCUGCCAGUCAUGCUGCUGCUUUAGCCGAGGAAGACGAAGAGGAGGACGACAGAAUUUCCCUGCCGUCGAACAGAGAGGAGGUCGUGUCAAGGUUAGCUGCAUUGACGAAGAACGGUGCUCAAGUACUCGGCGAGGGGCAGGGGGGUGAGGAUUAUUCUGAAGAUGAAGUACCCAACAGCAGCAGCGGUGAUCAAGAUCACGCAAGUAUUAGUGAAAUAGAAGUACAACUAGGGAAGCUGAAGAACGCAACGGCUCGUACAGCGGCACAACUAAAUGAGAUUGCUAGGACUACUACAUCUUCAGCAGAGCCGGACAAUCUUCUUCAUCCUCCAAACGGAAGUGAAACGACUUCUGACGUAGAAGAUCCCUUGACAACAUCAACGACACCAAAGCCCAAGGUCGUCGAGAAGGUCCUGCGGGGAGACGCUGCAAAGCGGGAAGUGAUCAGGAGGAUAGUGGAGAAGAACGAAGUUGCAGGGCAGGAGGAGCCGAGUGAAGAUCUAGUCACAUCUCCAGAAGGAGUAGGAGGAGACGAAGCAAGUAGUACUGAGAAAGCAGCUUCAUCGCAUGGUAGUGAUAGUGAUGCUGCCUCUGCUGAAGGAACAACCUCCACGGGAAGAACUUCUGAGUCUGAGACAGCAACCGGAACAACUCCGGGCAACAGCGAGGAGCAGGGGCAGGAUAACGAUAGCGGUAACGCUCAAGGAACCUCCACAUCAAGCGACAAGGAGCACAGCGGCCUCGCCGAGUCCUCCUCCUCCGCUGCAGCAUCUUCCACGGAGCAGCACCCGCAGGAGGAAAAUAAGGCCCCAAAUGAUCACGAUUUUCACGACGAAGAUGAGGAAGAUGAUCAUGUUUACCGCGGCGCACCGCAAACGUCGACGUCCAGUACAACUUCUAACGAUGCUCAUGCUCCAACCACGCCACACGGGGACGAGCUGCCGGCGAAACAAGAGGGAGCGGCUUCACCAGCAAGCACCGGCCCUCCGCCCGGUGACGCGACGAGGGAGACCACCGAGGAGGAGGAAGCUGCUAAAGACAUAAACAGGAAGUUGAGCAACGACGGAGGGCAGAGUAGUAGAGAUGACGGAGGCGGAGCACAACAAAAUAAAGACCACGCACCGUCACAAGAGCAGCAGCAACAGCAAACGCAAACCGCGGGCACUCCCGAUUCAGAUGAUGUUCUUGAGAAGCCGCAGACAGGAGCUCCUGCAUCAACACAAGAUGGUGGCACAGAAGCAGAUGAUAGUCGUGGGGGACCAGCAACAGCAGGGACACCACAACAACCACAAGAAUCGGAAGACAUGAACACCGUGGCGGAACAGCAAUCUCCUCAGCGGCAGGAACAAAAGCAACCUGCAGCCCCAGAGCAGCACGAGAACGAGGAGCCUAAUAAUAAAGACAAACCCCCGGCGCCUGCCCCGCCUCGUCCGCAGCAAGAAACGACCGCCAAAUCAAGCACGACAACCGUCAAGCCUUUACAACCCGCCCCACCGAAGCAUCAAGAUCAUGCGCAGCCACCCCGGCUCUCGACCACCAGUCCCCAAUCCAGACACGCCAAAAUCCGCAACGGUUCGCUCCUUCCCUGGGAGGCGCCGGAGGGGUAUCAGGUCCAGGAACGAGAACGGGAAAAACGGAAAUCCAUAUCAAAUGUAAAAAUGUCUGGGUCUGGAAGAUUGCCAGGUUUGUCAUGCACAUUUUGCAUGACUCCUGAUGUCUGUGAUGCAUGCCCUAGCAUCACAGAUUUUGUGAGGGCUUCCUGAUGCCUAUACCGCAUGACAAAUCCUCUUUCCGUGUAGCAGAACUUGGACACUCUUUGCUGCUCAUGCAGUACAGAUUUUUUUAGAAUCCAAAAUCAGCAUGACAAGUUGGAUUCUUCCAGACCCAGACAUUUUUACAUUUGAUAAUCCAGCGGCAAAGACGACCCGACCAUCCACGAUCCUUACAAACCCUUGAAAGCCAAGCCGGGAGAGGUUCCGCACUACAUAUUGUGAGGAAAAAUAACCCCACACCAGAGUCAAGAUGGAAAAUCUGCUACACAAAUGAAUCAGCUCUGGUUGUUUCGCAUGACAGGUCUGUCAUCGUAGUGUAGUCCUGUUUAGCUAGUUCCGAAGCGUCACAGAUCUAGACUAUCAUGCUGAUUCUAGCAUCACAAGUUCCAAAACACGAUUAGAGAAUGGCUCUCAUGGUGCGUCGCAUGAGAAACUUCUUUUGGCAUGCAGAUUUGCAUCACAACUCUGGGGUCGGGACUUUUUUACUCAGAAUACUACACGGACGAUACGUACACGACGGGGGUUUAUCAAAUGCAAAUAUGUGUGGGUCUGGAACGCUGGAACUUGUCACGCUUAUUCUGGAUAGUGCAAAAAUCUGUGUUGCGUGAUUACCAAAAGCUGCCCACUUUUGACCAAGUUGAGAGGAAUUUUCUCAUACAGGCGAGGCAUGAUAGGGGUCGCGCAGAAUCUGUCAUGCUAGAUCAUGUAUGGCAGACCUCAUGUGUCUUGGAAAACCUGCAUGACAAGUUCGCAUCCUUGUUCCAGACCCAGACAUAUUUGCAAUGCAUAGGGUGCCGCCCGUCCGGCCCCCGCCGGUCGAUUCCCUGCCCGAAGAGUUCGAUGACAACUUUUUUCGAGAUUGGGACCAGGGCAUUCUGCCGCGGAAAUGGCCGACGGACGACUUCUAUGAGGACGAGAAGGAACAAGCGAGGCAGUGGGCGGAGGAGGGGUUGGUGGUGGAGGAGCAGGUCUUAACGUUCCCGGUUUCCACGCAGCGAACGAUCAAGGAGGAAUCGCUUUUCAAGAAAACCAUGAAGAUACAAGCAGUGUCUUCCUCAAAAAAUUCGACCGAAACCACGACCACCACAGCAUUGUUCACGUCAAAUGCACUGAGGCACCACCCAAUUAUGAUGACGCCCCCAUUACCGCCGGUGAACACGAAAGAAUUCGUGAUCAUCGAGCCGUCCAUCGAAAACGCGCACUUGAUCUUCAGCAACGACAGCUACGUGAACCAAGCGCACCGAGCCCCGCAGCAGUACCCGGCGCACUACCGGAAAAAACUGGUGAUGGAAACGCAAGUGUCCAAGAUUGCGACGUUUAUGGCGAAUGUGUCCGAGUCUAUAGUCCACCAACCCAGCAAAAUGUUCUGGUGCAAGAAACAGAAGUCGUACGUGUUGGUUUUGACGGUGCAGAAGCUGCACCAGUUCCGAGUGGGCGUGCCGUUAUCCUGUGCAAAAGCAUCGUACUCGUACUAUCUAUCGCAGUCGAGCAUGACAAAACUGGUUUCCAACCAGAAGCAGCAUGAGAAAUUCCUAUUUUCUUCUUGGGAAAGUUUGUCAUGCGAUCUGUACUAGAAGUACGAUGCUUUUGCAAUGCAUAGCCGUACAAAAAGAUCAACUCCGAAACUUUGCGGUUCAUUGGUCUCGACCGCGACCUGGCCUGCUGGGCGUCGGUUUCGAGGAAAGGUACAAAUGAAAAAUUUGUGACGCAAUUCUUCUUCUCGAGCAAGGGCGGACGCGGAUGUGUUAAAGUAAAAGUAAAUGUAUUUGUUGUAUACGUUGGUCAACUUCUACAUGUUUCACCAUGACUGUGACAUCAAAAAGGAACAAUUCUUCGCAAUCUCAGACUCCAUCCCCCCAGACGAAUUCGAUCCAGAGACCAACAAAACCUUCACACCAAAAGUGGAUUUCGACAAUCUCAGGGAGCCCUACCCGUCCUGGGUGAGCCGGUCUUUAACGUGUCACGCGGAGCACAACUCCCUAAGGUUGCCGGAUAACGAAGUGCGCCGGAUCGAGAUCGGCUGGAGAAGGAAGCUCUUCUACUACAAGAAAGAGGUGGAGAGGUAAUUUUCAACCAAGUUUAUAUGUUCGUGGCGUCGCUAUGCCUAUGGAAGUACUUAACAUCAAUCUACUCGUCUUUGUUUUGUUGAAGUGGAAGAUGCACGGGACACUUCAUUCCUUCUUCCACUGCUACUCUCUUCAGGUACCGCCGCACCGAAAUGGUUCGUCUGUGGCGGAUGCAAUGGUACUUGUGGUUGCAGAUGCGCAGCAACCAGGAACACCAAGCUUUAAAAGAACAGAUGGACAAGGAAAACGGCGUAACCUCUCCCCCCGCCUCCGGCGAAACCCCGAUGCCCACAACGACCCCCGCGCCGGCCUCGGCCGCGGCGCUGCGGAGUAAGAAACUCAAGGAGAAACAGCAGUUUUUGGUGCUCGGCACGCCCGAUCUAGUCCCGACGGAUCAACUGGUGCGGCACCCGAAGAGCCAGUCCGCACUCGUUACGAAAACUACCAGCACAAGUGCGACGACCAGCAACUUUUAUUCCAGUACUAUGAUGGAUUCGCUUUCCAGCUACAUUCCCUGGUCGGUGUUGCACUCCAUGGGGUGGAAGAGUCUUUGGCAGGUCCAAUCCGCUUUAUGAAUUGCAAAUGUGUCUGGGUCUGGAAGAUUCUGAGACUUGUCAUGCACGUUUUGCAUGAGCCGUGAGGUCUGGAAUGCGAGACCUAGCAUGACAGAUUCUUUGAGGUCUCUAUCAUGCCUUUCCUGCAUGAGAAACUCCCUCUCAAUUCGGUCAAAAGCGGACAGCUUUUGGUUCUCACGCAGCACAGAUUUUUGCAUCAUUCACAUUUAGCAUGACGAGUUUCAAUCUUCCAGACCCAGACAUAUUUGUAUUUGAUACGCCUUAGGCGUGUACAACUACUACCACUUGUCCCCCGGCGGGUCGGACCGCAGUCGCGUGCAGCGCGCGUGGAAGUUUUCGAACCAAGCGCACCGGACGAAGCUGCGGCAGCAGUCCCUGCACUACCUGACCCAGCGGAAACUCGCGCCGGAUGUCAGGAGUUACUACGAGAAUUCGCGAAGCUAUAACCCGAGAAACGGGAUUUCCAUCGCAUUACAGAAUCAGAAGCAGACUGCUAACGAAGACUUACUGCUGGACACCUUCGCCGCCACGGACAUUACCGGGAAAACGAUCACCCCGUCGGCCGCCACAAAUGCGGAUGACGAGCUUCUCGACGGCACUGCCAGUGGUACACCUUCCAGUGCAACAAAGAGCGCUACUUCGGGAUUUGGGGGGCUGCAGAGUAAUUUCCAAAAUCUGGUUCGAUACGCGUUGACGUUAUCGCAAACCUUCUACUGGAAGCAGAUUUUCGUCGAAUACGUGACUGAAGACAACAAAGUGUUGAAGACCGUGAAAGCAGACGCGGAGAAAAAAGCGCUGAAGGAUAGUGAGAGUGAGAAGGAACAAGGGCACGGGAUUUUGAAAAAAAUGGCCAAAAUCUCGUCCGGUAAAGGUUCUUCGACAAGUGCAUCUUCCGGGGAUCAUGGUGAACAAACAGCGACCAACAGCGAAGGUCAAGAAGAUCAAACCGCCAAGAGAAAAGACGGCAAAUUCACCGAAAACGAAAAGGAUUUCCUGACCGGCAUCCUCCCCGAGAAAAAGGACGGGUCAAAUAUUUCAAAUCGCUUGCUCGGCGCAUACAAGCCCGAUGGAGUGCGGACCUUCGACGUGAACAACAAUAACGAGCGGAAAAAGUCGACCGCCAUGAAGGUGACGAUGGGAGAGGGGAAUCGAGAUUUGGAAGAAGAUUUACUCAAUAUCCAGGCCUACGUCUCCGGCCCCGCCGUCGCGUCCAAAGAUUGGACCUGGCUGGAAAACGUGUGGCGACCCAGCGGCGCGCAGCCGAAGCCGGGUUUCGGAGCAGAAUACUCGGCGUUCCCGGGUGGAGGACCAGGAAUCGGGAGAAGAACAAUUUAUACGAGCGAAUGAGGAGGAGGUACUGAAAGGCAUCUGUUUAUCAAGCGGCGUACUAUACAGAGCACAUUUUGAGUUUUUUUUUUCAAUAAUGAGAAGUAGAUAGCGAUAUUAACUCCGUAAGAAGUAAAAGGCCACUUGUUGCUGUAGAUAAAAGUAGACUUGUUGAGCUGCAUAAACAAGAGCUACAUGCUGGACUUGCGGCGGAGGCGCCAUAAGAGCGUUUUUCCAGCAAAAGCUAUGGUUUUUCAAGAUCCUGUAUUUUCAUUCAAAGCUUGUUUUCUUGUUUUUUUAAGAUCCGCGCAGUGCGGAUUGAUUGUAAGUAUACGUUUUAUUGUUUUUUCAUCAUCAAGAUCCAGUAUUUUUUGCUUGCAUCAGCCUACCUGUAAAUGAGAAUGACGACAGCAAACGAAAAGCACUGCAACUGAAGAAUAGAAUAGCAAAGACAAGAGUAUCUGCUUCGCGCAGAAGUGGUGCGCUAUGCACUCACAGCAACAACCUAUUUUUGAUCGUUAAUUUUUUUUUUUGCCCGCACGCAUGAUGAGAUGCCUUUGCCUAGCCCUACGAGACUCUUUCAUUUUUUUUUUAUAUAUUGUUACACAGUGCCUAGCCUCCUCAGUAGGUGGGUGCAGGAGCAGGUACUAGACAACAACACAAAAGCCUCUUGUUAGGGUUUUUCGGGAAAAAGUCAAAGAAUUCCCAAACAAGACCAUGUUGGAAAUCAUCUCACGUGCUGGGCGCAGCUGUCUUUACAAGACAGAAGUCUUGAAAUGUCAACUUGCUAUUGCUGUAGUUAGUUUCUAAGUUCCAUUUUGCGUCAAUGAAAAUGAAUAUUUUCUCGUAAUCUUCCAAUGAACUUUUGCAUACGGAAAUACAGAACGAAAAGUUAUCACGUCGUUUGCGAAAGAAUGAAGAAAAUAACUUUCACUUUGCAAAAACAAAGGGCUGCUGUACGAAUUUUUUCGAAGCCACGGUGGAGUACCUAAAGUGAUCUGAACAGCCGUUGGUGUAGUGAAUUGAUGUUCACCGGUUGGAG